CAAAGCAUAUAUGUGAAAAACCAAAUGGGUUUGCUUUCCAAGUUGAUAUGGUUGUUGUUGGUGCUGUGGUGGUCCGCCGAGGGUGUGAUGGGUCUGGGCUGCAACUGGGGAGUCCAAUCAACCCAUCCUCUUCCUCCCAACAUCGUCGUAAAACUGUUGAAGGAUAAUGGUUUUAAUAAGGUCAAGCUGUUUGAAGCUGAACGUGGUGCCCUAAAAGCUCUCGGCAGAUCCGGCAUUCAGGUCAUGGUUGGUAUUCCCAAUGACCUCCUUGCACCUAUCGCAACAAGUCUCUCAUUUGCUGAGAAUUGGGUUCAACAGAACGUCUCCCAUUAUAUCUCUACUUACGGCACUGAUAUAAGGUACGUAGCUGUGGGAAAUGAACCAUUCCUCAAGACUUACAAAGACACGUUCCUCCAGACAACUUUUCCUGCUCUUCAAAAUAUUCAAGCAGCUCUUAUAAAAGCUGGUUUAGGAAGGCAAGUCAAGGUGACUGUACCACUCAAUGCAGAUGUUUAUCAGACCGAUAAUGGCUUACCCUCUGGUGGGAACUUCCGGUCCGACAUUCAUGACCUCAUGAUCUCCAUUGUAAAGUUUCUGAGUGAUAACGCUGCUCCAUUAACCAUCAACAUUUACCCCUUCCUCAGCCUUAACGCCGAUCCUCAUUUCCCCAGAGAAUAUGCUUUUUUCAAUGGCUCAGCAGCUCCUGUUGUUGAUGGUUCCAUUGCUUACACCAAUGUUUUUGAAGCCAACUUUGAUACUCUCAUCUCUGCUCUUGAAAAAAAUGGCUUCUCUAAACUUCCGGUCAUCGUCGGCGAGGUGGGUUGGCCGACGGACGGCGACCCAAGUGCUAAUACGGACAAUGCUCAAAGAUUUAACCAAGGACUUAUCAAUCGGAUCAUUCAAGGUCAAGGUACUCCAAAACGUCCAAACCCACCUGACAUCUAUCUUUUUGGACUAGUUGAUGAAGAUAACAAGAGUAUUCAGCCAGGAAACUUUGAGCGUCACUGGGGGAUUUUCUACUACGAUGGAAGCAUCAAAUACUCAUUGGAUUUGGGAAGUGGAAGAAGCUUAGCAUCUGCGAAAGGCGUAAAGUAUUUGAGCAGACAAUGGUGUGUAAUGUCACCUGAGGCGAGUAUUACAGACCCGGCUUUGGCAGGGGGUAUAAGCUAUGCUUGCCAGUAUGCGGAUUGUACGAGUCUUAGUUAUGGAUCUUCUUGUGGUUCUUUAGAUGUUCGGAGAAAUGCGUCUUAUGCUUUCAAUGUGUUUUAUCAGACGGUGGAUCAACGACGGGGUUCUUGUUCGUUUUCUAACUUGUCGACGAUCACCACCGUUGAUCCAUCUCAGGCGCCUUGCCGGUUUGGGAUCAUGAUCGAUCUGGGAAAGCACGAGGUGGUGACUGCGAAUGCGGCAGCGGAGACAAGAACAAUAAGGCAGCGAGAUUCAAUCGUGGGUCUGAUCAUGUUUGUGUUGAUGUUGAUUAUUAGAGAUAUUUCAUGAGAUCUGUUUUUAAGAUCUGAAAUCCUCCAUACAUGCAUCGCUUUUGCUCGUUAUUUUGAAUGUCUCCUUGUUCAUAACUCGCUGUAAUACUAGUCAUGAA